AUGCUGUUCUCUGCAGAUUUUGAUGUUGAUGGACGCCUUGCUGUAAUUUCAGGUGGCUCUCAAGGUCUGGGUGCCGCUCUGGGACGGCUUCUGUUCUCCAAGGGUGCAAGUGUGGUGAUUGUGGCCAGGACGGAGGCUAAAUUAUCGAAGACAGCCAAAGAAAUCGAAAAUUUUAGGGUCAAUUCUAAUCAGAAAGUCUCAUUUGUGAGUGCUGAUUUGACAUUGUACGAGGAAUGUGAGAAAGUCUUUACCAGCAUUGAAACUCCUGAUAUAUUGAUAAACUGUGCUGGAUACUCCCAUCCUGCUCUUUUCCUUGAUCUGACUGCGACAGACUUGAAGCAAGGCAUCAACACAAAUUACAACUGCGCUGCCUUUUUCACGCAUGCUGGACUGAAGAAAAUGGCUAAAGUCAAACCCCAGCAUAGGAGACAUAUCCUGUUUUGCUCCUCAGUGCUCGCGACAUAUCCCUUCAUAGGUUAUGGCCAUUAUGCGCCUCUCAAAUCUGCUGUGAAGACGCUUUCCGAUGUGCUGAGGCAAGAGUGUCUAGUGUAUAACAUCAGGGUGGAAUGUGCGUUUCCCGGGAACUUCAUGUCCGAAGGCUUUGUCGAAGAGGAAAAGACAAAACCGGAGAUCACAAAGCAGAUUGAGGGCCCUUCUGAAGCAAUAAGCGCUGAUAAAUGUGCCGAGAUAAUUUUCAGGGCGAUCGACAAAGGUUAUGACUACAUUACGACGGAUACCCCGGGUUAUUUGUUAAGUACCUUUGUUUUAGGCAACAGCCCGCGACAAUUCUGGGUUUUUCAAGUGAUUAUUGCAUUCUUUGUGAGCUUGUUUGCUCCAAUUGCUAAUGUGUUCGUCAACAGAAUGAUCAAAAAAUACUUUGAAACGCAUCCUAUCCCUGGUCUAGAUGAUGAUACAUCGGAUGUGAAAGGGUCGUCUUCAGAUUGA